AUGGGCCCUUCAUGGAGUGCGCGGCCAGCGGGGGCGCGCGCAGACGGCGGGGGCGCUGGCCAAUGGCCGGGCCGCGGUCGCCGGCAGCCAAUCAGCACGCGCGCCGCCUGGGGGCCCCGCGGUUAUCAGCGCGUCCAGCCCGCGCGGCGCGGCGCCGCUCCGACCGGCCCCGGAGCCGUCACCGCCGCAGCGCGGAGUACCCCCGCCGCCGCCCACCCCGCGCGGGAGCCGCCGCCCGCUCUCGCGCCCGCCAUCCGCGCCGUCGGCGCCCGCGCCCCGAGCCCCCGCUGCAGCCGGCGCCCGCCGGGGUCGCGCGCAAACUUCCCGGGCCGGCGGGCGCGGGCGGCGGCGGCGGGGCCCGGAUGGGCGCCCGGGCCGGCGGCGGCGGCGCCCAUGGACGCUAACCGCCCGGGCGCGUUCGUGCUGAGCAGCGCGCCGCUGGCCGCCCUACACAACAUGGCCGAGAUGAAGACGUCGCUGUUCCCGUACGCGCUGCAGGGCCCGGCCGGCUUCAAGGCGCCCGCGCUGGGCGGCCUGGGCGCGCAGCUGCCGCUCGGCACCCCGCACGGCAUCAGCGACAUCCUGGGGCGGCCCGUGGGCGCGGCGGGCGGUGGCCUCCUGGGCGGCCUGCCCCGUCUCAGUGGGCUCGCCUCGUCGGCCGGCGUCUACUUCGGGCCCGCGGCCGCCGUGGCGCGCGGCUACCCCAAGCCUCUGGCCGAGCUGCCCGGGCGCCCGCCAAUCUUCUGGCCCGGCGUGGUGCAGGGCUCGCCCUGGAGGGACCCGCGCCUGGCCGGCCCGGCCCAGGCCAGCGGGGUCCUGGACAAGGACGGCAAGAAGAAGCACUCGCGGCCGACCUUCUCGGGCCAGCAGAUCUUCGCGCUGGAGAAAACUUUCGAGCAGACCAAGUACCUGGCGGGGCCGGAGCGCGCGCGCCUCGCCUACUCCCUGGGUAUGACUGAGAGCCAAGUCAAGGUGUGGUUCCAGAACCGGCGGACAAAGUGGCGCAAGCGGCACGCCGCGGAGAUGGCGUCGGCUAAGAAGAAGCAGGACUCGGACGCCGAGAAGCUGAAGGUGGGCGGCUCGGACGCGGAGGACGACGACGAGUACAACCGACCCCUGGACCCCAACUCGGACGAUGAGAAGAUCACGCGGCUGCUCAAGAAGCACAAACCCUCGAACUUGGCGCUGGUUAGCCCGUGCGGCGGCGCGGGGGACGCCUCGUGA